AUGCCAUUAAACUGCGGCGGUACCGUGGACAACAACAGCAACCUCAAGUUUGCAAUCCUUGUGAUUGCCGCCAAGGCUCUUGUGGUCCUGGCCAUCUCAACGCUUGACCUCGAGUCGUCACUGGUUCUCGGGCUGCUGGUGGAACUCUUGUUUGAGCACUCUGAGGGCUUUUUCCUGCUCUUGGUCAUCCUCUGCUUCUUUGAUACUUCUUGCUCCAAGAUGGCCGGGGCACAGGGCUUUGUGCAGGUAGCAACGGGUCACAUGGUGGCGAGGCCACUUCCUGAGGCCGAGGAGGCCACCGGCGAAGACUCCGCGGAAGGAAAAGACGCAUCAGACGAGGUUGACAUCCCCCCAGAAGUGCUAGAGCUUUUUGGCACACUCCGGGGCGAAGCUAUACGACGCUUGAAAGAUUUCCAGCCGAUUCAUUUAUUCUCGCUGUGCUGGGCGUACUCCACAGCGCGGCUACUUGACGAUGACAUGCGCCUGCAGGUGACUCGGGCCGCCCUGCACCUGGGAAGGACCCGUGAUGAAGAGAACAGCCAGGAGGCCGCAAGAGAACAAGAGCGACCCGAGCCUGGUGAGAUGAAGACUGGUUUGGAGAGCCCAUACGUCGUCCAGGAAAGUGAUCACUGGAUGGCCCUCUUCAAACCGGCUCAUUGGCAGGUGUCAGUGGAUGCUAAGGAGGCAACCAAGAUGGCUUCCGCCACGCUCUUUGAAGACGAUGAGGAGGGCGAUGAAGAAGUGGUUGAAAGGCCGCGGGUCCAGGCGUGGAUACACAAGAACAUGUCGCAGAGAUACCCGAUCUGCACUGAUCCAGCAGAAGCAUAUGGACUGCUGCAUAGACUUGACGCACAGACAAGCGGCGUGCUGGUUUGUGCGAAGAGCUAUGUAGGUGCGUAUUGGCUUCGUCUGCAGUGGUGUCAGUAUUCUGUCGACAAGGAGUAUGUUUGUGUGGUCCAUGGAUGGGUCGACCAUGCCAUGCGUGAGAUCCACAAACGCAUUCGAGUAGAGAAACGGAAAGCGCCUAACUCGCGGAGAACCAUCUCCACGCACUGCACUGUCGGCAGCAACGGCAAGCCUUCCUUCACCGAGCUGGUGACUCUCGCGCACCUGGAACGUCCCGGUGCACCGGAGGAGAGAUAUAGCCUGGUCGCGUUAAAGCUCCACACGGGGCGGACGCACCAGAUUCGUGUUCACAUGCAGUCGAUCGGUCACCCUCUGAUCACUGAUGCCAAGUACGCGGAGGACAGGCUGAAUGAUGACAAGCAAUGGUGCCCUCGAAAUUUCCUCCACACCUACCGGUUAGCGUUUCGGGAUGUUCCCAACGAGCAAGACCUGGAGGCUUCUGGGUACGGCCCAGUUCGGGAGCUGGUAACUCCGCUUCCCGUGGAUCUGAGGGAAACCCUGGCACUCCUGAAGCCGGUGGCUGCGUCAUCCCAGCAGCACUACGAGGACUGGCUCAGCGGAGAAGCCACACGGCUCCGUGCCUUCGAGCGGCUUGAGCCUGCAGAGCCCGCGGAGUCACAGUGA